AUGAAAGCCAAGGCCAACCGAAGAGAUCCAGACAAGUAUUGUCAAUAUCACCGGACGUAUGGCCAUGACACUAACAAUUGCUACCAACUGAUAAAUGAGAUAGAGAGGCUCAUCAAAAGGGGGCAUCUUAGAAACUUUGUGAAGAAACCAGAGGGGCAGAGACCUCAGCAAAAUGUGGUGGUAGAGAGACCUCACAAUCAGACAGGAGGACCUGUGAAUGACGGCUCCAGCGGGAUGAUUAACAUGAUCGUAGGAGGAAUUGGGGGACGAAUGAGCAGAAAGGGGAAGAAGAGGAGCAGGAUGGAGAAGGGAGCAGUUUGCAAAAUUUUGGUGGAUGAUGGGAGCAAGGUAAAUCUGCUACCUUAUCGGGUCUUUCAACAGAUGAACAUACCCGAAGAGCAACUAGUAAGGGAUCGAGCCCUGGUUAAGGAGAUAGGCGGAACCCCCAUGGUGGUAGAAGAGAAGGUGAAAGUAGCCCUGACGCUGGGAGAACCACCCCUGUCCGGCAACCACUAUAUAGUAUUCCUUAUGGUGAAGCAGCCCCUGAACUAUAAUGCUAUUUUGGGAAGGCCGAUGUUGUAUGACUUCGAGGUAGUAACCAGCAUCCGAUACCUAACCAUGAAAUUCCCAAUAGAGUCAGGGGUGGGCAUAGUGCGAGGUAGGCAGGAGGAGGCUCAGGCUGUAUAUUUGGCCACUGUAGAAGAACCAGGCACCCUGCGAGAAGAAAUAAACCUAAAGGUCAUAGAGGUUCGAGAUGAGAAGAAGGAAGCCAGGACAGAGCCGGUUGACAAGCUGGAGACAUUCCCACUGUCUGAGGAAGAAAGUGACAAGGUCUUCAAUGUCAACGCGAGCCUUGAAAAAGACCAGAAAGAGACAACAAUGGCUCUUAUCAGAGGACAUGCCUCAAGUUUUGCCUGA